AUGCUCAUAAUAUUCAUACUAAAUUCAGAAACACCCAUAGCAUUGUACAAUUCCAGUGCAGGUAAUAAUAUUUGCCAAUUCUCAAAGAAAAAACUUCUGGAGAUACAUGCGGCUAGAGGGAUGUUGCCCUGUUUAGGUCUUUUUACUGGUAUCUGAAACAAGGAGUAAGGAAGGGUACAGUAGAGUAUGAUAUAGUAAAGUAGGGUAAUAUAAGAUAAAAUAUGAUAUUGUAACGCAGGGUGAAUUACGGUAGAGUAGAUAGAUAACGGCAAAGCAAGGCAACGGCAAGGCAACGGCAAGGCAACGGCAAGGCAACGGCAAGGCAACGGCAAGGCAACGGCAAGGCAACGGCAAGGCAACGGCAAGGCAACGGCAAGGCAACGGCAAGGCAACGGCAAGGCAACGGCAAGGCAACGGCAAGGCAACGGCAAGGCAACGGCAAGGCAACGGCAAGGCAACGGCAAGGCAACGGCAAGGCAACGGCAAGGCAACGGCAAGGCAACGACAAGGCAACGGCAAGGCAAUGAACACUUACAUUAAGGCCAUAGCCCUCAUCGUCAAUUAG